UUCGUAACUAAUCUGUACUUUUUCUCCUAUUGAUGAAGUUUUCACGCGCAUUCUCGUUUGCAGUACAGUGCUCUUCUCUGUUGAUUCCUCACGCUGUGGUACAAACAGUUGACAAUUAAUUAACCAUAACCACAAAAUUCCAUUUAUAUACCCAAAACAUGGGCAAAGAGUUGUUCGCAGAACACCAAACCCCAUGGCGCGUCCCCUUCUGUUCCUCGCCGCCCUCCUCCUCUUCCUCGUCCUCUCCGCCUCCGCCCACGGCGACCACUCCGAUUCCGGCUCGUCAACGGAAGAAAAACCCCACCUGAGGUCCCGGUCCCUGAUUCUGGUCAAGAUUUGGUGCUUGAUACUUGUGUUCGUGGGGACGUUCGCCGGCGGGAUGUCCCCGUACUUCAUGAAAUGGAGUGAGGGGUUUCUGAUACUCGGGACGCAGUUUGCGGGAGGGGUUUUUCUGGGGACAGCUUUGAUGCAUUUCUUGAGCGAUUCGAAUGCGACCUUUGGGGACUUGACUAGUAAAGAGUACCCGUUUGCUUUCAUGCUCGCCAGCGCUGGCUAUCUGCUAACUAUGUGGGCCGAUUGCGUUGUUUCUCAUGUUUAUGGCAAACACGGUGAUGUUUCCGCUAACGGUAGCGCCGGAUUUCAAGGAAAUUCUCAGAGUGCAUCAGGAAGCCGUACUAAACAGGACCAAGACCCAGAAAGCCGUUGGGCAAAAUCUUCCUUAACCAAAGCAUCUUCACUUGGGGACAGUGUUCUUCUAAUAGUGGCCCUUUGCUUCCACUCGGUGUUUGAGGGCAUAGCCAUUGGUGUGGCCGAGACGAGAUCAGACGCUUGGCGGGCCCUGUGGACCGUUUGCCUCCACAAAAUAUUCGCAGCCAUUGCCAUGGGAAUAGCUCUACUUAGGAUGAUCCCGGACAGGCCUCUUUUGUCUUGUGUGGCUUAUGCAUUUGCAUUUGCUAUAUCGAGUCCAGUUGGGGUGGCUAUUGGGAUUAUAAUAGAUGCCACGACUCAGGGCCCAAUUGCUGACUGGAUAUAUGCAGUGUCGAUGGGUGUGGCUUGUGGGGUGUUUAUCUAUGUUUCUAUCAAUCAUUUGUUGUCAAAGGGGUAUAAGCCUGAGAAGGAGGUAUCGUUGGACACUCCAGGGUUUAGGUUUAUGGCUGUUUUGUUGGGGGUUGGGCCAAACCUUCUUGACGGAAGUGUAAGAGACCUUCAGUUUUUUGGCCUGUUUCUAAGGCCUCCUUACGAGGGCCGCCGUUUCUGGUCCUUGCAACUCGUGAGGCCUCACAAGACGAUUCUUUCUUGUUCAUCUACUGCUCUAACAGGCCUCAGCUCAUUUCUUGUUCUUUUUCCUGAUCUUGCUUUACAAUCUUCGGGCAGAUCCUUAAAGCCGCGAUUUUUCUUGGCGUGUUUCCUCAGGGCUGUGCGAGUACUGUCUCCUUUUGGGGCGUUUGAAGUCCUUGAAAUGGUACCGACUAUGGCUAUCAACGAGCAUUAUUUUGUGGAGUGGAAAGAGCAGUAUGUGUCGAAAGAGAGGGGAAACCGUGUAGUUCACUAUUUCUUGAAGGAUAAUUCAGGGGAAUCUAUUCUUGCUAUUGUGGGUACAGAGAGGAGUGUUAGGCACAUGUUCUAUGUUGUUUCUGAAGAAUUCGUUAGUGCCCAUGGAGCUGAAAGCUCUGUCCAAGCCGGAUUCAGGUGGAGAUCGAGGAGAGAGGUUGUGAAUUGGCUUACUUCCAUGCUCUCUAAACAACAAAGUGGAGAUUUUGCAGUUUCACACAAGGAUAACCCUACUUUGGAGGACAAUAUUCAGCAGACUCAGGCGCUGUCUCAUAAGGGUCAUUUAGCUAAGAAUUCAAAAGGUCAUCAUUUAGGCAUUUCCUGGUCAGGCUCUGCAUGGGCUUGUGGUAAACAGUUGAAGCAUUAUCCAGCAUUUUGCCGUAAUGGGAUAUCAAUUGCAGUACAAUCCUUUGUUUUUGUAAUGGCCGAAGAAGAAAACCACUAUAUUGCGUAUUUGGAGGAUAUGUAUGAAGACAGAAAGGGCCAUAAAAAAGUCAAAGUGAGAUGGUUUCAUCACAACAGGGAAGUCAAGGGAGUUGUUUCUUUACGUAACCCUCAUCCGAAAGAAGUCUUUAUAACUCCAUACAUACAAGUCAUUAGUGCUGAGUGCGUUGACGGCCCCGCCAUAGUAUUAACUCGCGAACACUAUGAAAAGUGUCUGUCUGUUUUUCCCCAGGAUCUAUUAGGCCGAGUUCAUUUCUGUUUGAAACAAUUCAAGAGUAGCAAAAUAAAGCCUUUUAAGCUAAGCAAAUUGCGCGGGUAUUUCAAUCAGCCGAUUUUUUCGUGCUUUAGCCCCGAUUUUUUCGAUGAAAAGGAGGUCAGCUCCGAGGAUGACGUGAAAGCCGGAUCCAAAAGAAAUAGAAGUUCCAGAGAGUUCAAUAAGUCGAGAUACGAUUUAUCGUACAAGAAAUAUGAUCUAACGAGUCGGGAGCCAAAUUUCCUCAAGCACGAUGAGGCCCGACUUCUUCAGCAUACCCCAGUUUUUGCAGUGAAUGAAAAGGUGGAAUUCCUUUGUCAAGACAGUGGUCUUCGUGGGUGCUGGUUCAGAUGCACAGUCUUAGAGGUCUCCAGGAGACAAAUGAAGGUUUUGUACGAUGAUAUUAAGGAUGAGGAUAGUUGCAGCAACCUUGAGGAAUGGAUUCCUACGAAUAGAGUGGCGAAAGCCGACAAAUUAGGAGUGAGGCAUCCUGGCCGUUCGACCGUGAGGCCCGCAUACCCUUGCAAUGAGGGGAGUGCAAACUUUGAAGUUGGACAUUCAGCUGAUGCCUGGUGGAAUGAUGGUUGGUGGGAAGGAGUCAUAUCUGGCACGAGUGAUGAUAAAGUGAAGAACCUAAGAGUUUCGAAAGAUUGGGUGUUUGAUGGGGGGUGGGUGGAUGUUGAGCCAAACCCUCAUAUUCUUGGCAUCAUAUCUGCAAAUAAUGUAGACGCCACAGCUGAUGAUAAUUGUCCAACUCCCGAUCACAAAGUUGAAGAGGAGGUUCAUCACGACUUAGUGGACAUGACGCUAACAAAUGUCCCUUUGAAAGAUGACAGCACCAACAAUGACAAGGAAAAUAAUUCCGAACAUGUUAACAACGAGAAAGAGGAGUACAUGGAUUGUGACGAGAGAGGUGCAAACAAUGAAGCUGAUGAUAUUGUGAGAAUUAGCAUUGAAGAUGGCAGUGGGGACCACAACUUGGUGGAAUGUGAGAUUGCCGAGCUGGAAUGUGAGGGGGAAGAAGCAAUGGAAAUCCUGACCAGCCAUUGA